AUGAUGAAUCGACUUUUGUGUCUCCUCGCUGUGCUUUCCAUCGCCUCAGCACAUUGCCCGUAUCAUAAACAUCGUCAUACCAAUUCCGGACACACGAGAGAUUACCACAACAGACUUUUCGAGGAGAUCAGCAAUGACGUCAUAGCUCUUGAUAAAAAAGUACAGAACCUCUGCACUCGAAACACGAAUGGAGCCACCAAGGAGAUCAUAGAAUCAGAGACGUUCAAACUCUCGACUCCUCUCGAUGGCUUCGAUGAAACUGAAAUAGAAGUGAAAAUCAGGAAUAGAAUUCUUUACAUUAGUGCAAAUAAGCCACCGCUGAAGAGCUACAACGAGAUUCGAGUGUUGCCAUCCUUCGUGGACACAAAACAAGCCAGUUACCAAUUGGAAGAAGGCAAACUAAUCGUCAGCUUCAACAUCAAAACUGCUGCGACUAACGAAUGCACUACCGACGUUGACAGUAACGUAAUAACAGUUCCCAGGUUCCAACCGUUCAUAUUUGACGAGAGAAUCGGUCGCAGUGACGCUAAACGGUAA